UGUUGCUCGACAUUUGUUGACAUCUCAGGAUUUAGAUCUAAUUCUACGUAGACUAGAUCUAGAUCUAGAAUAUUGUAGACUAGAUCUAGAUUCUAGUAAGAUAUAAUGGUUUAAUUCCUUAAUGUCGUUACUAUUUUUCUGAAAAUGGAGUUUUUUCAAACUAAUGAGUUCUACAUAAUUUUGGAUCAAGAAUUUAGUCUUUGGUGUGACAGAACAAAUGGAAAUUUUGAACCAAGAAAAGGUAGUGACUUUCAAAAGUCUAAAAAUCCAAUUUGUAUUGGAAAAAUUUAUGGUCUGAUUGGUAAAGUUAAAUUACACCCAGAUUCAGAAUGGCGCCUGCUGGUAAUAAAACAACGAAGCUUAGUGUGUAAGUUAGCUGGUCAGUUCAACAUUUAUAAAAUUGACAAGAUUGCAGUCCUGCCAAUAAACACAGUAGACAGUGCCUUUGACAUUCUGGAUUUAGAGCCAUGUGGAAAAGAGCAACACAGUCACCACAAGACCAGUCAGGCAAAUGAUGCAUCACAACAAAUGUCUCUGAGAGGAACAUGGAACUCUAUCAAAACAGCUGCAGAAAAUGUCAAAUUAAAAAAGAAAGAAACAAAAGACAAAGAGAAAUUUGAAAAGAGGAUUCUUGAGGAACUGAUGAAAAUGUACAAUGGAUCAGACUUCUUUUACUACAGCGAUAACUUUGAUGUGACUAACUGCUUACAGCGUCAGUACAAGCCAACAUAUGACAGGGGUCUGGCACUGUGGAAGAGAGCAGAUGAAAGAUUCUUCUGGAACAAACACAUGCUGCUUGACCUCAUGGCAACAAAUGAUCCCUUGGCUGACCACUGGAUGGUGCCUGUUAUCCAAGGCUUUGUCCAGAUGGAGAAGUGUGUCAUGGACUUUGAUGAGGACAAGAAACUUGGCUCCGAUGUGUCUUCUUCUGUUGACUUCCCCAGCCGCAGACUUGAGCCCCUGGGAUACAACAUCAGCAUCAUCUCCAGGAGAAGUCGACACAGGGCUGGAACCAGGUCCAGAGCAAGAGGCAUCAAUGCCAGUGGUGCUUGUGCUAAUUAUGUUGAAACAGAACAGAUAAUAGAGUUCUCUCCUCACCUGGUAUCGUUCGUGCAAGUCCGAGGUUCCAUCCCAGUUUUUUGGAGUCAGUCUGGAUUCAAAUAUCGGCCGCCACCAAGACUGGAUAAAGACGAGGCAGAGAGCCACAAGGCAUUUGUGGCCCACGUGAGCGAGCAGCUGGACAUCUACCAGAAGCUUGCCGUCGUGUCCCUGGCCGAGCUAGCCGGCAAGGAGCAGAUCCUGGGUGACGCCUACAUGUCCCACGUCAUCGAGCUCAACUCGCCUGACGUCACAUACAUCACCUUCGAUUUCCACGAGUACUGUCGAGGAAUGCGCUUUGAGAACGUCUCCAUCCUGACCAAUGGGAUCAAAGAUAUUAUCAAAGACAUGCGCUACUGCUGGGUGGACGACAAGGGUCUGAUCUACGAACAACAGGGCGUGUUCCGUGUCAACUGUGUCGACUGUCUGGACCGUACCAACGUGGUGCAGACGGCCAUCGCUAGAAUCGUCAUGGAGACACAGUUCAGAAAACUGGGUCUACUUCCACCUGAGGAAAACCUGCCGGUCAGCUGCCGGAUGACGUAUCAACAGAUCUGGGCAAACAAUGGUGACGUCAUCAGCCAACAGUAUGCCGGGACAGCUGCCCUCAAGGGUGACUUCACCAGGACAGGGGAGAGAAAACUGACUGGCCUUAUGAAAGAUGGCGUCAACUCUGCUAACAGAUAUUACCUGAGGUUCCGUGAUGCUUAUAGACAAGCUGCCAUAGACCUGACCCUUGGUCAGCCUGUCUCAGAGUCUCUGAUGGUGCCAUCAGUGGAGGGAGACGACACAGACGGCAGCGAGGCCUCAGAGAAGGAGGAGAAUGUCAAGAUGAUACUGGAGGACUGCAAGAGGAUGCUGAUAGUGGAGCCGGAGCAGUGCAUUGGUGGAUGGGCACUGGUCAAUGCUGACCCCAUUGAAGGGGACAGUGACCAGCAGGACAUGGACAUUGUCCUACUCCUCAGCCAGAGGUCCGUCUAUGUCGCCUGGUACGAUGAUGAAGCUGAGCAGGUCACCAAGUACCAGAGGAUUUUUCUAGAGGAUGUGGAGAAAAUUGAGAUAGGCAUGGAACCAGCUGUCUUCAAGUCCAAGUUCCCCUGUCUGAGACUCAUCUACCACUACCAGGCUGAUGAAGGCCUCUACCACAUGUUUAGACUGCCACACACACGCCUCUUCAACAACAAGGCCACGGUUGUCAUGUCACAGGAGGAAGCUAAAGAUUCUCUUCGAAUGAUAGCGGACACUUUUAAAUCAGCCCAGGACAUAAUGAAAAUUGAAUUAGAAAUUGUUGAAAAACCAAAGCUAGAAAAGAGGAAAGCAACAGCCCACCCCGAUGUGGUGGACGUCUUCAGACAGCAACAAGAAAACUCCCUGGCUGGCAUCUCACUGCCCAGAGACAUCUCAGCAGACAUCAGCUCCGCCCUGCAAGCAGCAGACAACCACUCUGUCAGCAGACUUGAGCCAGGUCCCUCCACAGUUUCCCCAGUCCCUCGCUCCGUCUCCCCCCUAGAGUUUCUAAACAAUUUUUCCAAACAGAACAUGUCAAAGAACAUGACAGCCAAGUUCACCCUACCUAAACCUAACCUGAAAAUAAACCUUCAAAACCUCAACCUGAUGAGAAGAAUUAAAUUAAAUAAAGAUAAUGAAAAUAGCGAUGACUGUGACAGUAAUUGUGACAGUGAAGACGAGAGGAACAGACAGGAAGCGACGCAGGACGUGGUGCUAGACAGCUGUGGCAUCCUGGCAUCCAGUCCGAACCAGAUUUUACUCUCCUCAAUUCAUCUGAAGGCUGAGAGCAGACGCAGCAUGCCCCAAGUUGACUCACUGACACACACCCCUCCUAAAGUCUUCAGCUUUGAGAAACUUGAAGCUGACCUCAACUCUACUGCCACGCAAACUGGGGUCAGUAAACAAAAUAUUCCAGACACUGAUCACGUGGAUGCCAACUCUUGUGGAGGUUUUGCCAGUCAAAGCACAACAAAGACAGAGACCAGUACUGAGAAGCCAGAAGAUGAUGACUCCAGUGAAGGGGAGUAUUGCGUGAUAGAAAACGAUGAGGUCCGAGCUAUUUUAGGCAAGUGUCAUCAGCUACACCACCCCCACAUGAAGACGUCGCUGAGUGACACGACACUAAGUGCCAGUUUGAACUCGGCACCUCAGGACACCAUGGUCCUGGCCCAGUCUAACCUUGACCCUAGAGAUGCGGGCCUGGUGUCCAGGUUCAAACAGAAGAUGGUCACUCUGUCCAAGACGUCAGCCGUCAAGUUCAUUGAACCCGCAUUCCCUCGUGUGGCUAUCCGCAAAUCUCAGAGAGUUCUGGGGGUAUUUGAGAAGUUGAAAAAGGAGAAGAUCCCUCCCAAUGUAGAAUGUCAAACACAUUUCAUUUUUAUUUGACCAAUCUGGUGCUUUCCUUAUCUUACCAAGCCUGUCAUUGGUGGUUAUUUUUAGCUCAGGGUUGUGAUUUUUUACUGCAGCAGUACAUUUUUUUGGUGCAGGAAUCAACAGUACAAACUUCUCACAGUGAACUUUUUUAGAGUUAAAAUUUUUUUGUUGUAGCUGGUAUUUGGUUUUAUAGCUUCUGCUUCUGUUAUGCAUGACAAAACUUUUUUGAAAAUUUAGAUUUUGGUAAUUAUUUUUAUAUCUAGUUUGCCAACAUAAUGCCUCAUCUUAUUUAAGUUUGAGCCUUAAUUAUUUUUUUUUCUGGUAAAAUUAUAUUUAUAAUAAUUUAAUUUAAUGAAUGGAGAAAUUGUAAAUAUUUGAAACAGUUGGAUGUGUGAAUCAUCUCAGAGCCAGUUACUUGUUUAUAUUAGGCAUGAAUGAAAAGGUCGGCAGCAUCUGGUUCA